CUCUCUACACCGGGCCCAAGGCUCUCUUUCUCUCUCUCGACACGGAGCAACCAACUCUUUCUACACGGAGCUCCCAAUUCUCUCUCUGUACACAGAGUUAUCGAGUCGCUCUCUCUCAUCCUGAUUUCACUGAGCUAUGAAGUCUUAACCUUGGCGCUCUCACUCUGCAAGUAAAAAGCUGGAUUAGGGAUUAAAAGCUCAGAAGACUGAGUCUAUGAAACAUAGAAUAACAAUUUCGCUCUCUUUGAUAUCUUUGAUUUGAGAGACCUAUUCACAGCUAAGCUUCUAUCUCUCUCUACAUGCCUGUCGGAAAUGGCCUCAAAUCCUGAUGAAAUCCGAGGCAUAGUAAGUGAACCGAGCUCGCCUGGUUUUUAUCAAGAGUAUGAAACUCUCUUAUAUCUUCAAUCAAAUCACCAAUCAAAUCACCAGAAGUGGCAUAAAAGCCAGGCACUUUCUCUCCCCCAGAGAUGAAGCAGCAGUUUCAAAAGAGAUCUGCAGUAUCCUCAAAGAUGUAGAGGUUAUAGAAACACCCCUUGAAACCCUAACUCCAUUGAUUUCCCCCAAUGUGGUGGCAUCUGUGCUCAAAGAGGAGAAGGACCCGAAAUUGGGAUUCAGGUUCUUCAUUUGGUCUUCGAGGCAUACGGCCCUUAAAAGCUGGGAUUCUCACAAUUCAAUGAUUGAUAAGUUGCAGGGAAUGCAGGAUUUUGAAUCAGCAUGGAAAUUACUGGAAGAACUUAAAAUUAGCAAACAUCCCAUCUCACCUGAAGCGUUUGCAGUCAUGAUUUCUGCUUAUACGAAGUUGGGCAUGGCUGAAAAGGCAGUGGAAUGCUUUAGCAAGAUGGUUGAGUUCAAUUGUAGGCCCAAUACCUUCACUUACAAUACAAUUCUCCAUCUUUUAAUGGAGGAAGAAGUUUUCCCGGUUGCCUUUGCUGUUUAUAACCAAAUGUUGAAAGUGGAUUGCCGACCUAACCAGUCUACUUUCAACAUUCUGAUCGGUGGGCUUUGCAAAGCUGGGAAAACCCAAGAUGCCCUGUUAUUGUUUGAUGAAAUGGCAAAGAGACGUAUUUCUCCUAACACUUUGACGUAUACAAUUGUUAUUUCUGGUUUGUGCAAUGCUAGGAAAACUAAAGAUGCUCGUAAAUUACUACAAACCAUGAGAGAUAACAGGUGUCUUCCUGAUGAUAUCACUUAUAAUUGUAUGCUAAGUGGGUUUUGCAAAUUGGGUAGAGUAGAUGAAGCUUUUGAGCUUUUAAGAUCGUUUAGGAGAGAGAAUUAUAUGCUUGGGUUAAAUGGUUAUACUACUCUUCUCGAUGGACUGUUUAGAGCUGGGAGGUUUGAGGAAGCUUGCCAGUAUUAUCGGAACAUGGUGGAAAGGCAAAACAUAGUCCCUGAUUGUAUUCUUUAUACCACGAUGAUCAAGGGGUAUUGUGAAGCUGGUAAAAUUAAUGCUGCGCUUGGUUUUUUGAGGGAAAUGACUAGUAAAGGGUUGGUUCCAGAUACUUACUGUUAUAACACCUUGAUUAAGGGUCUCUGUGAUGUUGGGUUCUUAGAUAAGGCUCGGUCUCUACGUUUAGAAAUCUCAAAGGAAGACUGUUUCCCUGACUCUACAACAUACACUAUUCUCAUAUGUGGUUUAUGCAAGGAAGGCCUGGUUAAUGAGGCCGAAGAGAUUUUUGAGGAGAUGAAAAGGCUUGGAUGUUCCCCCACUGUGAUGACCUUCAAUUCUCUCAUUAAUGGAUUGUGCAAAGCUGGUGCAGUGGAGAAAGCCCACAUUCUGUUCUAUAAAAUGGAGAUGGGGAGUAACCCAUCUCUCUUUCUGCGCCUUUCUCAAGGCUCUGACCCUGCGCUUGAUAGCGCGAGCCUUCAAUCCAUGGUUGAGAGGCUCUGCAACUCUGGGCUCAUUUUGAAGGCAUACAAGCUCCUCAAAGAACUCGUUAAAAGUGGGGCUGUCCCUGAUAUUAUAACAUAUAAUAUACUAAUCAAUGGCCUUUGCAAGGCAGGCAAUAUCAAUGGGGCAUUCAAGCUACUCAAGGAGCUGCAACUUAAAGGCUAUUCUCCUGAUGCAGUCACAUAUACUACUCUCAUUGAUGGCCUUCAAAGAGCUGACAGAGAAGAGGAAGCAUUUUCACUUUUGGAUCUAAUGGUAAGCCAUGGGCAUAUGCCUGAUGUUGUAGUUUACAAGGUCCUUAUGACAUCAUUGUGUCGAAAAGGGCGGGUCACUCAAGCGUUUAGUCUUUGGUUAAAUUUUCUUUCAAAGAGGUUUGUUACUUCUGAGAAGGAAGCCGGCAUGAUUGAAUUGGUACGAGAACACUUUGAGCAAGGAAAAGCGGGAGAGGCAGUCAGAGGCUUGAUAGAGAUGGAUUUGAAGCUUAAGGCUGUGGAUUCUUCUCCUUAUACCAUUUGGCUUAUAGGGUUUUGCAAAGGUGGGGAGCUGGAUAAAGCUCUUAAGAUUUUCUCUAUUCUUCGAGAAUUCAAUUUUGAUGUGACACCUCCAAGUUGUGUGAUGCUCAUCAAUGGCCUUUGCCUGGAGGACAGACAUGCUAUGGCUAUUGAUGUUUUUCUUUACACACUGCAGAAAAAAUUUGAAUUGAUGCCACCUGUGUGCAAUAGGUUAAUUAGGAGUCUAUGUUCUCAGAAUAAGAGAAAGGAUGCUCAUGAGAUUGUGCAUAGAAUGGCUAGUGUAGGGUAUGAUUUGGGAGUCUAUCUUGAUCUAACUACCAAAUCUCUUUUAUAUGAUUAUGAGAAUGGAUGACAAGAAUCAGCAUUUUCCUU